CACACACACAAACAUUGGAAAGCCGCCGCGCAGCGUAUUGUUCCGUUGUUCCGGUGUGUCUCACGGCGAUAGUUCCGUUGUUGCCGAAGAAGGGCGCGUCCGCGGGACACAGAGCCAGCUAGUCAGCACAGUCUAUCCGUUCCGGGGAUCCGGCGCGAACGGACACACGGACCUUUGCCAGCCUUUUGCGUGUGCGGUGGGGUUCGUGGGGCAAAAUCAGUGUCUGUGUGUUUUUUUCUAUCGUUGUGAACUUUUCUUUUUUGAUGUUGUCUUUUUCUACAGAUUUAUGGGAUUUUUAAAAGGAAAAUUUGGAUGACUUUACUGGAAACUUUCGGACCGAUUGAGACGCUUCCAAAAUGUGAGCUUAGUGUUUAUUUUUUCGAACGCAUUUUCGCGCAGUAAACGUAGUCCAGAAAGAAACGUAGCUUUUGUACGACAACCGCCUAGCAAAACAGAAAACAGGAAACAGUAGCUCCGUAGAACAGAAAGUGUAGUGUGAACUAGUUGUGUGAUCGAAUGAAACGACUUCUAAUGGUGACAAUAAUUUAGUAACAACAGAAAUCCCAGCCAGCCAAAACAACAAAACCGUGUGCAGAGAGACAGAACCACGUGAUUCCAGAGUGAACGAAGCCCAACCAAAUCCACCAAAUGCCACACAAGCGCGUUGAUGUCUUCCGGUGUUCCGAGCAAAAUUCUAAAGACUUCCUACCGCUAUCUACGAUCCACCACUACCAUCACUACCACCGAAGGCUACCCUCAGCCGAUCAUCUGAUAUCGCUGCGCCGCUCCAACUCCCAUCUACCGUCGUCUCUGUACGUACAAUAAUCUCUGGAGAUGGCGAAGGUCUCGGCUACCUCCCACCAAGAUCCUACCAUAAUCGACAUGAUGGAGAUCAGCAAGAAGCGUCCACCGAAGCUCAAGUCCGCCGAUCGCACCGUGUCCGUCCGCAUCGACAACUACUCGCCGAGGGCCGCCGGCGGUGGCAACAGUCCAAUCAUGCUGGACAACAGCCUUAUCGUGCACCACAGUCCCAUCGAGCGGCUGUCCCCGGUCUCGCACGCCAAGCAGCACCAACAGGAUCCGAAGGUGUUCUUCGUGAACGAGUCCUCACCGACGUCCCUCAAGGUCGAGGACUACAGUGCCGGUCAGCGGAAGCCCCUGCGGAGAUCCGAUACCCUGCACGUGUACUCACCGUCGAUGCAUCAGCUGCGGAAAGCCACAUCGUUCCACUCGAGAACCAACAGUGGCGGCUCGAACCCGGACGAGAUUGUGGCCGCACCCAUAAUCCGGCACAGCAGCGUUCGGCACUCGCACAUCUACCCGCGCGAGUACCUGGUCAAGCAGGACAGUGGUGGCGGAACGAGCAGCGGUGGUGGUGAGGAGGAAGAAGAGAUACGCCCAGCUCCGGCAUUUGUCCAUUCGCCGAACACGAGCGGGAAUCGCCGUAACUGUCACAUGCAUCGGUCGUUCAACGAUCAGCAAAAGCAACGCAACGCCGCCUUCCAGCGAAGGGAUUCCGCAAAGUUCCACUCGCUGGGAGACGACAUGCCAGCGGAAGUGAUCGAGCGGAGCCCACGAGAAGGUAAAAAGUUCAGCUCGGCCAACGCGAGUCUCGAGAACGAAGUGUACCGAUCACGGAGCAACAGUAGAUCGGAGAAGAAAGCCGAAUCGUUCUCGGACUUUGUGAAUCGACAAAACAGCAAAAAGUAUAACCAGAAGAACAGCACCACUAGUCUGGAUCAAGCGUUGCCGUACAUCGGAGGUAGCGGACCGGGUAGCUUUCGCCGGUCACUUAUACAACAUUCUAACGCACACCUGCUCAGCCCUAACCCUCCCUUCACCGAUGAGUUCCAACCCCAAAAGUCACCCAUCUUUGAUCAGAAGAAGUCGUACAGCUUGCGGUACAAAAAUGGCCGCGAUGCGCGCGAGACGUUCAAGGCGAAAAAGUCGAAAAGCUUCAUGAUCGACCUGGAACCUCCACCGGCCAUCAUCAGCGGUUCCAGCAGUCCCUAUCGAAAGGAAAGCGUUGCGUUCACCGCCGAAGAGGUGGACAAGAUCUACAAGGCCUCACGCAAGCUUUCGCCCAAUCUGAUACUGGACGACAUCGGCCGGGAGAUUUCGCCCGUCCCGAUGGACAUCAUGGACAUCAACUACGGUGUCAUCAUGAAGACCUACCAGAUGAAUCGACAAAAGUCGAUGCGCAAGAGCCGGCGGAAAGGCACCGACGACAAGGCGAAGCUGGAGUUUGACGAAGACUCCGAGUCCAACCGGAAGCGCAAACGGAUAGCAUGCAUCGUGAUGACCGUGUUCAUAGCCUUAGCGAUAUUCAGCAUCCUCGCGGUCAUCGUCACCCUGACGCACACCAGCGCUGGUCCGUCGCAGACGAAACCGACGUACACGUUCGCCCGGGACACGCCGAUCCACGCGAUACCGACGUACCAGAUCUCGAAAGAUUCGCCAAAACACUACAACGGCAUCAAUUGAUGCGGAAGCAAUCGUAGCAACCGGUGGCUGCAGUCGACAUGCCCGCCGGAAGCGCUGUGGGUCGCAGCAGGCUGCGGCAACCCGGCGGCCAUCCUCUUCGACGAGCUGUUUAGUUAGCGAUUACUCACACCAGUAGUUGCAGUAGUAGGCGGUGCGCGGCGAACGGAGUGCGAUGUAGACUACGUUGAUUUGAGAUGAUGAACUUGUAAUACACACACAUUACAUACACAAUAUCCAACGAAGUGCCAAGGACGACCCCGGAGCGGCGCUAACGUCGCCUCGCGAGGGCGGCCACUCUUUUUUACUCCAAAACAAACAAAAAAUCAAAAAACAUUUCAAGAAACCACAAAACGAACGGACAUACGCAGUGACACACACAGUGACAGUGAACGCAAGUGUUUAUAAGUGUUUUUUCGAUGCGCGCGGACAAGGACGAUUACACAGACGCUAAAACAAACGCAAGAAGACGCAAAGCUGGAAAAGAUGGAGAAGAAGAAGCAACACACAUACGAUAUACGUGACCUAGUGUUAACUAAUGUUAAAAUAAUCAGUAUUUUGAACCGGUGAAUAAAAAUAAUCAAUAAAUAACCUACCAGUAAA